ACAGUGUCUAGUGUGCAGUCCUAGGAAAAAGCUAAGCAGUUCAAACGAAAAAAUUGGGAGCCUUGGAAGAUCCGCACUGGGGAUCUUUUCGGCUCUCUAAAAAUGAAGGCAUUGAGUUGGUGGUUGAUGCUAGUAGGUUCACUUCGCCUGGCAUCGGUAUGGUUCGGUUUCUUCGACAUUUGGGCUCUUCGUCUAGCCGUCUUCUCCAAAUCCUCCAUGACUGAAGUUCAUGGAAGAACAUUUGGUGUCUGGACUCUUCUGACUUGCACACUCUGCUUUCUCUGUGCAUUUAACCUUGAAAACAAGCCGCUAUACCUGGCUACCUUUUUAUCCUUUGUCUAUGCACUUGGUCAUUUCUUGACUGAGUACCUUGUAUAUCAAACAAUGGCUAUUGCGAAUCUCUCAACUGUCAGCUUUUUUGCAGGCACAUCGAUACUGUGGAUGUUGUUGCAGUGGAAUGCACAUCAAUCUCAAACUGCCUUGAAAGGAGAAUGAAGUAUUUGACAGUCUCUGUAAUUCUUUUUGUUGACAAUCUAGACCAAGCUUUCUUCCCUUCCCUACCAUUCUUAUAAAGCUUGUCUUGGUAACUGGAACUGUGUUUCUCAUAUAUUCUUAUUUUGUAAUUUUAUUCAAAGUUUUCUGUAACAUUUAUUUUGUAACUCAGCAUAUUUGAUCAAAGGUGUUUUAUUCCUUGUUUAUUCGGCUA